CGCGGAAAUUCUUUGAAUCAGAACCCGGUAGUUCUCGUCUUUCAGGAUUAUUUAUCUGUGUGCAUUUCCGAUUGGCCGCUCCGUGUCCGGCGAGAAUUCACCGGAGCUUCAUAAGCUUACCAAAACGCAAACAAUUGAAAGCGCUAAUUUCCUGAAACCUCAAAUUCCGAAGAAAGCAAAUCGGCGAUAUGGAUUUCUCUGGAGGAAACUGGAGCAUGAUCCCCAACAUCCCUAAUCUCAGCAACUCCUCUAAUCUUUCCAAUCACAGCAACUCCUCUAAUCUUUCCAAUCAAGAAUCCCUUUACCUCCAGCAGCAACAAUUUUCUCUUCAACAACAACAACAACAGCAGCAGCAGCAAUCCUUUCACCAACAGCAACAGCAAUUCCAGCCCCAAAUUCAAUCCCAGCAGCAAUUUCAGCAGCAACAGCUUUCUCCUCAAUUUCAACAGCAACAACCCUCGCCCCAAUUCCAGCAGCAAUUGCAGCCCCAACAUUUUCCCCAGCAGCAGCAACAACAACAACAGCAAUAUCAUUUUCAGCAGCAACAGCAGCAACAGCAAUAUCAUCAACACCAAUCUCUGGCUUCCCAUUUUCAUCUUUUUCAUCUAGUGGAGAAAUUAGCGGAUACUAUUGAGAAUGGAGCUAGAGAUCAGCAAUCGGAUGCAUUGGUUAAUGAUCUGAACAACCACUUCGAGAAGUGCCAGCAACUGUUAAACUCGAUAUCUGGAUCACUCAGCUCAAAGGCUAUGACCGUCGAGGGACAGAAGAAGAAGCUGGAAGAACAUGAGCAGUUGUUAAAUCAUCGAAGGGAACUGAUUGGCAAGUAUAAGAACUCUGUUGAAGAACUUGUCAAGGGCGAGUCUUAGCUACUUCUCACUCAUUCGUUAUUAGGCGUAGCUAGCAUCAUUUACCUGUUUUGAAGGAACGCCAAAAGAGCUAUCCACCGAGUCUUGCAAUUCCAUGAAGGGGCUUUUUCAUCUGGCUCCUGCAUUUCUUAACAUGAUGAUCAUUCACGAUUGAAUCUUCUCUGCUCUUUGCAACGCUAUGGAGCACCACAUUUUCAGGACAUUCAGAGUUGAUAUCACCAUCUCUCCUAAAUCAAUCUGUAAGUAACAUCAUGUCCUUCCCCUUUUCAACUUCUUUGAUUUUCAUAUCAGUUAAGUAAGUUGUUGUUAAACAUUCUAUUCAAUUUCAAUAAUACAAUCAUUUGAGUUUGAAUCUGAA